AUGAAACUAUGCGCAUCAGCCGAUCCCAUCGCUUCUGGAAAUUUUGUUCGCGCGGCUUGCGAGUUUGGGAUCGAGGAUGGAUUCUGGAAUCAUUAUCUGCCUAACGGUCAAUUUGCUUUAGCCUUUGACAGCACCGAGCGAAUUCUCGGCGGCUCUAUCUGUACCGUCCGAGACCUUGUCCCUAAGAGCAAGCUCCUUCGCGCUGCUCUGGGAGCGAUAGCGAUCCGGGCGACCGCGAAUAAAGAUGACUCCCUUCAUUGGAUGAAAGAUGAAGGAACAAGGCUCCAUAUGACUGCCAUUCAGCAACUGGGUAAAGCAUUGACUUUCCGUGAAAAGCCGAGCCUAGAACUUCUCAGUGCAGCCCGAGUGUUCAGUUUCCACGAGGCAAUAUACGGAAGUGACUGGGGGAACCGAAUAACUCAAUAUAAGAGUUGGAGAAUUCAUAACUCGGGAGACCUUGCCCUCAUUGUCUCUAAGCCACCAUCAUUCUAUGCAACUGGACCAGCACAUAGGCUUUUUGUCGAUGGCCGUCUUGUUCAAGCGAUAUGUGCUGUUCUUUCACGAAAGAAGUCUGUUUUGAGCGAACCAGAAUGGAUGACUGCCCCCUGGAGAUAUCACAAAAAGACCUCCAAGGACUAUAUAUUAGAUGUUCUCUUGGAAAUACCUUCUCUAUACCAGAAAAUCGAUGCCUUGAACUCGAAAGAUUCCGAGGCUGACGUAACAUUGCAGCAGCUCAAGCAAACCUCUUCCGAAAUCAUGCAAAAACUACAACGAUGGGACUCAAAAUUUUCCAUUCCGGUCUCGAGACGUGCAGAUUGGCAGCAUCCUGACUCAGUAACCACAGACGAGAUUGUGAACGCGCACAUUAUGACACAGUUCUGGGCCAUCAGCAUGAUCGCUCACGAUGCAUACCUUCAAGUUCCUACGAACAGCCCGGAUGAUUUAGAUGUUGAUCUGGAUUAUUGUUGUGCAAACAUUGUCCAUUGCAUUCCUUUGUUUAUGCAUUCGUCCACGGGUAUUUUUCGUCAGCAUCUUAUGCCAUUCCCAGCAGCAAGAGCAAUUUUUCACCUCAGUUCGACACCAUCAGAACGAUUGAAUAUUGAGAGAGCUUAUAUAGCCUCGAUAUGUGAUAGCCCGGUAUUCGCCACAACUCGCCAUCUUCUUUCAAGUAUCAAUCCAUCAAUCUUCGAUGAUUUGAAGAAGGCCCAUGAGGACGUGGGAAUUCCAAGAAAUGGCAUGUCAUAA